AUGCAGACUAGUAGUGUCGUUCUUUUGCUCGCUCUGACCUUUGUAUCCGGUCAAGUGCCGAUUCCGUCACGGCCAGAUGGAUGGGGUGUUGGCGGUCCAGCAGAUGCUCAUGCAGUGAUUGAAAUGUUUCUAGAUCCAUUAUGUCCGGAUUGUAAGGCUUCAUGGCCAACUGUUUUGCAAGUAAUUCAAGCUUAUGGAACACGAAUUCAUUUUCGCAUACAUACAUUCCCAUUACCUUAUCAUACCAAUUCAUUCGUUGUUUCACAAGGCCUUCACGUUAUUGCCAAUGCGACUAGUCGAAAUUCGGAUGCGAUUUUUAAAACUGCAACUGCGAUAUUUCAAAAUCAACAAACUUGGUACAAUGAUGCAACCAAAUCGAUGACAAUGCCAGAAGUCGUUAACUCAUUGGCAACGUUCGUUGCUCAACUUGGUUUUAUUACCAAAGAUAAAUUCUUAGCAGGCAUGGCUAGUGAUGAUCUCAAUGAUGAAACACGUAUCUCAUGGAAAUACGCUUGUUCAAGAGGCGUUGUUGGUACACCGACAUUCCUUAUCAAUGGUGUAGCAACAGGUGCUGAUGCAUCCUGGUCACUAAAUGAUUGGAAAUCUGUCAUUGAUCCUAUUCUCGCAUCGAAUGAAAAAGAUUCAUCAGCAAUCAAAGAUUGUCCACCAGGUCAACAAACAUGUGAAUAUAUGCCGCACAAAACUCAAUGCUGUCUAGCUGGUGAACGUUGCAUUCCAAAUGUUGGUUGUCGAUGUUUCAAUUUAAAGAAUGGAAAAGAAAUGGUCGAUUUUAUUGCUGAUUAUCUAACAGAUAUUCGAUCGCGACGUGUCUUGCCAAAUGUCAAACCAGGCUAUAUGCGGUCCAUGAUCGAUGACGAAGCACCGUUAUGUGGUGAGCAAUGGGAAGAUAUUUUCAAGGAUGUCGAACGUGUCAUUAUGCCUGGUAUUACUCAUUGGCAAUCACCGUAUAUGCAUGCUUAUUUUCCAGCAUUGAACUCCUAUCCAUCGAUGCUUGGCGAUAUGUUAGCAAACGGCUUAAAUCAAUUAGGAUUUACAUGGGCGUCGAGUCCAGCAUGUACGGAGUUGGAAACUAUAGUCAUGGAUUGGUUGGCGAAAAUGAUCGGUUUGCCGAAUGAUUUUCUUCAUUCGCAAGAGAAUACGACUGGCGGAGGUGUGAUUCAAACUACAGCUUCAGAAGCUACACUCGUAGCGUUACUUGCUGCUCGAAAAGAAGUCAUUCAUCGAGUACAAGCACAAUUUCCCUACUUGAGUCCAGCGGAAAUUAACGGUCGUCUAGUGGCUUAUUGUUCUGAUCAAGCACAUUCAUCGGUGGAAAAAGCAUGUCUUAUCGGUUUGGUCAAAUUGAAUCUCGUGUCAAGUGACGAAAGUUUACGUUUACGAGGAAAUGCGUUACGGCAGGCUAUUGCUAAAGACAAAGAAAAUGGUCUUAUACCAUUCUACCUUUGUGCAACAUUGGGAACCACGGGUGCAUGUGCGUUUGACAGUCUUGUGGAAUUAGGUGCAAUCUGUGAACGAGAGCAAAUUUGGAUUCAUGUUGAUGCUGCAUAUGCGGGAAGUGCAUUCGUUUGUCCUGAAUUUCGACAUUUUAUGAAUGGAGUAGAAUUGACACAGUCAUUUGCUUUUAAUCCAUCAAAAUGGCUAAUGGUUCAUUUCGAUUGUACUGCCAUGUGGGUCAAAUCAAGUCCAGCACUACAUCGAGCGUUCAAUGUCGAUCCAUUGUAUCUUCAACAUGAGAACGCUGGCGUAGCAAUCGAUUAUAUGCAUUGGCAAGUACCAUUAAGCCGACGAUUUCGAGCAUUGAAACUUUGGUUUGUUAUUCGUUCAUUCGGCAUUGAAGGUCUUCAAAAACAUAUUCGAAAUGGUGUUGAAAUGGCUAAACUAUUUGAGUCGUUAGUGAAAUCUGACAAUCGAUUUGAGAUUCCCGCUGAACGACAUCUUGGCCUUGUAACGUUUCGAUUAAAGGGUGGAAAUGAAUUGACCGAACAGUUGUUGAAAGAUCUGAAUAUGGAUGGAAGAAUUCACUGUGUUCCAGCAUCAAUCAAAGGCAAAUAUAUCAUUCGCUUUACCGUGACGGCAUCAUCAACAAAUACUGAUGAUAUUCGUCGUGAUUGGCAAAUUAUCCGGCAAUCGGCCAGUAAAAUCCAUAGUCCAAUCGAUCAUCUGACACCACAAGGGCAACUUAAUAAAAUGAAGCAUCUUUCUGAUGAUUUUCGCAUGUCUCUCGUCUUAUCCAACACACCUCACAGUCCCUGUUUAAUCAACGGAAGCUUUGCAGCGAUUCUUCCACUCGACACCAGCCGUAUCUAUGCGAUGACGCAUGAAUUAAGUCAACGUGCAUUAAAUCAUUCUCUUUUACCUAUUUCAACGCGACGACGAACAAAAAAUGUCCUCUCACAUCCAACAAUGAACAAACAGAUGAGCAUCGACCCAUCCAUGAUCAACUAUGAUUACAAGAAGAAACGUUUAGUGUCGCCAACGUCUUCGUCAUUACCCAUGAGUCGGCAAGGUAGUUUAGAUUCUCGUGUCGAAGAGAUUUUGGAAAAUAAUUCAUGA